AUGAAAAGUAGAACUACUUGGGAAGCUAAGAGACAAGGUUUAAAUCCUCAACAGACUGAAUUCAAAUUCAAGAACUUGCAUUUCUCAAGCAAGUUUGACUCUGGAAAUCUACGGUCAGUAAAGAGAGCAAAUGUCUGGCUAUACGAAAUUCAAUUAACAAGAGAUCCUCACAGCAAAUAUAAGCUAUACUUUCACUUUUCAGUAUCCAAUUUUACACCCAACAAGCCAUACACAUUUGUGAUAAAAUAAUCUAACCUAUCAGAAAAGGAUUUACGAGAAUGGUCUAAAGCCAGUGUUCAAGUCCUUCCCAGGGGAAGACCCCUGGAGCAUCAUUCCUACUGACCUCAGUUGGAAGAACGGGCCAGAUGGGUUUCAAAUCCAGUUCGAUUACACCUUCACUGAAGCUCAAGAGAGUGUGUCAUUUUGUUUUUCCCAUCCUUUCAGUUAUCAAAUGAUCAAUCAAAUGGUUAACCAUGCUCAAGAAAUAUGCAAAGAAAGAGAGGAUGUCUACUUCAAAAGAGAACUUCUAGCUUAUUCGUUAGAAAAACGAAAGAUAGAGCUUAUAACCCUUACAGACUCUACAGAAAUGACAGAUGAUGAAGAACCUCUGAUAAAAGGGUGAUUUCCGAGACAUAAAUAGGUCAAUGAAAAGGCCAAGGAUCUUCAACAAACCAACAAUAUUUUUUACAGCAAGGGUACAUCCUGGAGAAACUCCAGCGUCCCAUGCUCUAAAAGGAGUAUUUGAUCUUCUUACAGACUUUGAUAAUCCUAUGAGCAAGGCCUUGCUCAAGGAGUUUGUCUUUAAGAUAAUCCCUGUUCUUAACCCUGAUGGGGUUUACAGAGGCCAUUUCAGACUUGACACCAAGGGUCAAAACCUGAAUAGGUAUUAUAAAGACCCAACUAUCACAACUCAGCCUACCAUUUUUGCAGCCAAGGCUGCAAUAAUACAACAAAGAAACCUGGGAAAACUGAAAGUUUACAUUGACUUCCAUGCUCAUUCUGGCAAGAAGGCAUCCUUCAUGUAUGGAAACCAUCUUUAUGGCAAAAGUCAGGUGAAUAACUGACUUCUAGCAAAAUUAGUCUCCAUGAAUAGUCUGAAUUUUGACUUUCAAGAAUGUCAAUUCUCAGAAGAAAUGAUGAAUGUUGUUGACAAAAGAGAUGGCCUCAGCCGAGACGGCUGAGGCCGAAUCUCUAUUUGGCAAACAACUGGUAUCGAUUACUGAUAUACACUUGAAUGACAUUAUACAGCAUUAAUUAUGGACAAGGUAUUGAGCCCAAUGUUCAGCUCAGAAACCGGAGAAAUAAUUCCUGAUAAGCCUAUCAAUGAUAUCAACAGUGAAGUUUACAAAGAGGAAGAUCCUUCAGAAUACAUAGUUGAAAUCCUAGAAGAUGUAGGCCAAGCUGUUUUAGCAGCACUUCUUGAUCUUAUCUCAAAAAAUCCUUUCUCAAGAAUUCCUGCUUCUAAGUAUAAAGACUUGGAAGGAAUCAGAGAAGAAGUUGCAAAUUUUGUUGAUGAAACUUGGGGUCUUGAUGAAAAGCCACCAAGGUCUUUUAAAAAGAAAACAGCAAAGCCUCUCCCAAGAGUAGCCAUGUUGAGUUCAAAGAAGCAGACCAAAACUCAUUCCGAAAAAUUUCAAGAAAAUGUUAAAAGUAAAACUAAAGAGAGAGGAAGGCUUAAUCAUAUCAGACGAGGGUAUCAAAAAUCUCUACAAAGAAGCAAUCAAAGCUCCUUUCUGAAUAAUAAUAGCAUCGAAGAGAACAAGAGUGAAAUCUUCAACAACUAUACCAGAAACCUGAAAGUCUUACCUAAGACCCCUUCUACCUAUCUCUCUGACCUAAAAAGAAUAUCUGAGGAGGCUAAAUCCCUUCUAAACGACCCUAAAACCAAGAUCUCCACUUCUAAUCCUCCCAAACCUCUUCAAAAAAUCCCUGAACCCCUUCUUCAGCACCCAGUUUCUACUCCUCCACAAAUCCAGCCACCUCUGUCGUCCCAAAACCUAAGCCUUCACCGACCAAAAUAGCCCAAUCAAGCCAAGCAGAGCCCAAAUUUUUUGAACGCAGAAAUUUUACUGAAAGUUCAAUCAGGCGCACCCAUAA